CAGGGACGACGUGAGUCGCUCAUGCUCUGGUCUGGCACUGGGCCUAUGAGAAGCACCAGCGGCGAGACCGGGGACGCCCUGAACUUUCCACUGGGCCGGGCCUUUACGCAGGAGCGUCGUUGCCCUGGUGACGUGACGUCCUUCCUCAGGAUUGUGCGCCGGUGUCGGAGAACAGAAGUGCAACCGCCAUUUUGCGCAUCAAUUCCCCAGAGGUUGGGUCAGGUUGUCUUAACGCAAGCAGAGGGGUGUGGCAGGGCUCCAACCGCUCGGGGUCCCGCGACUUCCAUUAAUGAAUUCGCACACUGGCCCUCACCACUCAACACACCGACGAUCUUAUGCAUUGCAUAAAGUCAGACUACUUGGUUGCAAGUGACCGAAAUUCAACUCCUCCAAAAAGGAUUUAUUGGUUCAUGUAAUUGGAAAGUGCAAGAGUGCAUCUUAAGGCAAGAGUGCAUCUGGAAACUCAAAUACUGCUGUCAAGACUGUCUCUCCAACUCUUUGUUUGCAUUGCUUUAUUCUUCUAGAGUCUCUCCUAGUGGCAGACAAAUGGCUGCCAGACAAACUCAAAUCUCCCAGUUAAGCAAUCGCAAUGGAGGAAAUAAACCAAAUAACUCUCUA